UAUGCCCAAAUGGAUAACCAACGACCUCUUUCAUUCAACGGUUAAUCCUUGCUCUGGCUGUCAGGCAAGCCAUCCAGAAUGGAAGGCCGAAAUGGUGGUGUUGAGGAACACUCCAUUCCCAGAAAACCCAGGCUGGUCUGCUGCAUCGGUGACAUCCAUGGAUUCAUCACCAAGCUCCAAAAUCUCUGGUCCAAUCUCGAAACCCUAAUCGACCCAGUUGAUUUCCAGACUGCCCUCAUAAUUUUCUUGGGCGAUUACUGCGACCGCGGCCCCGAUACACGAGAGGUUAUCGAUUUCUUGAUCUUGCUUCGCUCCAAUUACCCGAACCAAUCCCACGUUUUUCUCUCAGGAAACCACGACUUCGCCUUCGCGGCGUUCGUUGGAGUUUUGCCUCCGCCGCCGGAUGGGUCGGAGUUUUCGGAGACGUGGAAGGAGUAUACAUCGAGUGAAGAGAGGGAAGGGUGGUUUAAGGGUGAUGGGUAUGAGAAGAUGCAUUUACAGGGAAGGAGGUGGGCCGGCACAAUUAAAGUUAAAUUCAAUGUUACUAAGGGCACUGAGUAUCAGGGUUCUAUUUAUGAUGCUGGACCGACAUUUGAAUCUUAUGGUGUUCCCCAUGGUUCUGCUGAUUUGGUUAAGGCAGUUCCUGAUGAACACAAGAAGUUUCUUGCUGACAUGGUCUGGGUCCAUGAAGAGGAUGAUGUGUGUAUACAGACUGAGGAAGGAAUUAAACAUUGUAAAUUGAUUGCUGUGCAUGCUGGUCUAGAGAGAGAUGAAGCAGUUGAUGAGCAAUUGAAAACGUUGAAAGCCAAGGACACCCGGGUGCCCAAGGUGGGGCCUCUCAGUGGGAGGGCAAGUGUAUGGGAAAUCCCAAAGGAGCUGACAGAGAAGCCAACCAUUGUGGUAAGUGGUCACCAUGGAAAACUCCACAUUGAAGGCCUAAGACUGAUUAUUGAUGAAGGUGGCGGACUGGAGCAAAAUCCAGUGGCUGCAGUUGUGCUUCCCUCGAUGCGGAUCAUUCGUGAUACUGAUAAGUUGGCAAAAUAGCUUGUCCAUAUGCUCUCUAAUUCAGCCAAGGAUACGAUCAUGUUCAUGCUAUGGAGCAGAUGUAACCAUUUAAAUUAUUUUUACGAUAUAUAAUAAUACUAGAAUCAUCUAGUUUGGUUCUUCAGCAAUCCUUACCUUUUAUGUUGUGAAAUUGGUUGGGCGAAUUAGUGACAAUGUCUACCAUCAUCCCGUAUCAUAUGUGGUGGUCCUGGGUAGUAAAUCAAUAAAGUCAUUACCAAAUUAGUUUCCAGUUGAA